AUGUUUAUCUCAGCACCCAGGUUUUUCGCCUUGCUGUUUUUGGCAACGAUCCCUCUCGUCGUCGACGCAGACACUUGCUUAGAAGUAUCAGGUGAAGAAGUUAGCAAACUGGGACAGUGCACCAUCAAAAUAGUAUGGCAGAAGGUAUAUUACACAACCCCAGGCCUUGAUAGCAAUGGGCGGCCUGGGCUUCGGGACCGCAUUUCAGCCGAAGUCUAUGAUGCAAGACAUACUAAGAUCUCAACACAAACUCUCGAGGAUUUCGAGUUCUGCACCGGAAACCCGGGCGGGGAAUGUAAAGUCCAAUCUGGUUUGGAAACUCCGAUUCUCCUUAGCCCGCAGCAUCACAGAGAGUAUUUGCAGUUCUGA